CUCCAAUCUUUUGCCAGACCACAUCAUCACAUGCUCAUUGUCUUCCACUGUCUUGUAUUUCUUUACUCGUUUUUUACCUAUUACCCAAUCAUUAGUUGCAUAAUCCCCCCCAACCAUCUGAACAUCUGAACAUGCCGGAAAUGGCCGCGUCACCAAAGAAUGCCCCAUCGGCUGCCUUUUUCUGUCCUGUCCCUUUCCUUGUAGACAAGACAUAUCUGACCCAACUGCGCCGGCAAAUCGUUGGCAGCAGUUUCAUGAAGCCUCUGGCCGACGCCAUCCUGCAGACUCUAGACGUGUGGAAGCUGCUGGCGAGCGAUGCCAGGGCGCAGCACGUUGCCGUCGGUUCUCGCGGGGAGGACUUCGCCAAGGCCAUUUCCGAAUGGAUCGCCACGGGCGAGACGGGCGUCGUCGCCAGCCAGCCGUCAUCCAUCAUCAGCUUCCCGCUGCUCAUCAUCACCGGCCUGUGUCAGUGGUGCUCGUUCCUCGAGCUCUCGGGCCAGUCUCACGAGGAGGCCAUCGGGGCGCUGGGAGCCGGCGGCAUCCAGGGCUACUGCGGUGGCAUCUUGAACGCCAUCGCCGUGGCAAGCUCGGGGGACUCGCUCGAGUUCGGCCGGAGGGCUGCAAACAUGUACAGAACCGCCUUCCUGCUGGGCGUUUUCAUGUCAGAAGGCGAAGUCGGCCCACCCGAGGGCGUCCCAGACAUGCUCAUCGUGCGGCUCAAGUAUCCAGGUCAGGAUCUGGAGCUCAUGGAGCAGUUCCCAGGGAUCUACGCCUCGGCAACCACAAAUCCCGUCACCAUUUGCUUCGCGGGGAAAAAGUCCGAGCUGGCUCCGCUGAAGGAGUACGUUGCCGAAAACAAAAUGUUCUCCAUACAGACCUACCCUACCGGCACAGGCCACGAUCCCAGAAACGCAAAGUACUUGGACGGUAUGCUAGCCAUCGUCGCCGAGAACGACUUCUUCCACCUGCCGGCCGUUGAAGCGCUCAAGGUCCCCGUCCAGUCCAACGUGGACGGCGAGCUGCUGCAGCUGGUAAAGACGCCUGCCGAGUUCGCCCGCGACGUCCUGGGGAACGUCCUCUGCGGCCGGUGUGAGUGGUACAAGGUCGUGGGCAAGGUCGCGGCGAGGCUCCGUCAACACGACGACAAGUCGACAACGCACUCCCUCCUGCUUCUCGGAGGCUACGACUGCGUGCCCGCCGAGCCCUUCAACCAGGCCUCGAUCAAGAUUGCAAAGAUCGACGUUGCCCUGACCCUGAGGGAGGUGGCACAGGUGAGAGCCGAGCUGGCCAGCUACAGCGGCGACGAUGCUGUUGCCGUCGUCGGCGCUGCCUGUCGUCUCCCCGGCGCCAGCAACCUCGACGAGCUGUGGAACCUGCUCCAAAGCGGCACCUCGAGGUGUGAGGAACUCCGACCGGAUCGAGUCCCCCUAAGCGCAAGUCAUAGAGCAUCGCUCGAUCCAAAGUUCGCAAACGGGCGGAAGUGGUUCGGAAACUUUGUCGACGGCGUCGACCAGUUCGACAAUGAGCUGUUCGGCAUCAGCCACUCCGAGGCCGCAUGGAUGGAUCCGCAACAGAGGAUCCUCCUCGAACUGACAUACGAGGCCCUCGACUCGUACGGUCACCUCGGCCAUCGCUCGUACAGCCGACAGGCUGCCCAGGACGUCGGCUGCUUCAUUGGCGGAACUCUCAUCGAGUACAACGAACAUACGUCGACCCAUGCCGCAACGGCGUACUCUGCCAUUGGCACCAUGCAGGCCUUCCAGUGCGGACGCAUCAGCCACCACUUUGGCUGGUACGGCCCGUCCGAGACCAUCGACACGGCUUGCUCCAGCUCUCUCGUUGCCAUCAGCAGAGCCGCGGCUUGUGUCCGGGCGGGCGACUGCUCCAUGGCGGUCGCCGGUGGUGCCAACAUCCUCGGAGGCGUCAACUACUACUUGGACCUCGCCAAGGCCCGCUUCCUGAGCCCGACCGGCCAGUGCAAGCCGUUUGAUGCCGCUGCGGACGGAUACUGCCGCGCAGACGGAGCGGGCCUCGUCGUCCUGAAGAAGCUCAAGGACGCCGUCGCCUCUGGUGACCAGAUCCUUGCCGUCAUCCCCGCCGCCGGCACGAACCAGGGCGGGCUCUCCAAGUCCAUCACCCAACCGGACGGCCAAGCCCAGGAGAGACUGUACCGGCGCGUCGUCGGCUCAGCCGGUCUCGACUACAAGGACAUCUCGUACAUUGAAUGUCACGGAACCGGCACGCAAGCUGGCGACCCCAACGAGCUCGGCGCACUGCGGACCGUCUUUGGAGACGCCGGCCGUGAGAAGAAACUCUUCGUGGGCUCCGUCAAGGGCAACAUCGGCCACCCCGAGGCUGCUGCUGGCGUCGCCGGGCUCAUGAAGGUGUUAGCCAUGCUGCGCGAGGGCAAGAUUCCGCCCCAGGGCAGCUUCGAGAACGUCAAUCCUUCCAUCGGCCCUCUGGAGCCCUUCAACAUGGCCAUCCCGGCCGGGACGGUCCAGCCGUGGGACGCACCGGGCAACGUCCGCAGGGCUCUCGUCAACUCGUACGGUGCGGCGGGCUCCAACGCUUCGCUUGUUGUCUGCCAGGCGCCCCGGCAGAUGCCCCAGAGCGCCUGGUGGCUUCGACAGCAUCAGAAGAAGGGGGACGGCAACGCACUCACAAACGACGCGUCCUGGCCUCUGAUUGUCACGGCCGCCACCAAGACCAGUUUGGCUUCCAACUGUCUCGCCCUCGCUGAAAUGCUGCGGUCUGACAAGCCCGACCUGCGUAGACUGUCAUGGACCCUGGGCGAGAAGCGACAGCGUCACCGUUUCCGUGUGGUGCUGCCAGUCACAAGCAACCAAGACCCCGAGGAGGUGGCCGCCGCUCUGGAGAAGGCGGCUCAAGAACCCGCUCCCACACCAUCGCCCAAGUCCAGAAAAGGAGUCGUUCUCGUCUUUGGCGGCCAGUCGCAGCGGACCGUCCACCUACACCCCCAUCUCUACGAGGCAAGCCCCCGGCUGCAACACCAUCUGGCCGAGUGCGACGCCCUCCUCGAGCAACUGGGCUACCCCCCCGUCCUCAAGGACGUUCUCGACCACAGCAAGGUCGACCAGAGCGUGCUGCUCUUGCAGACGGCGACUUUUGCCAUUCAGUACAGUUGUGCCAGGACCUGGGAGGACGCCGGGUUGCAAAUCGACGCCGUCGUCGGCCACAGCUUCGGUGAGCUGACGGCCUUGGCCUUCUCCGGUGCUCUCAGCCUCCGUGACGGAAUCCGGGUCGUGGCCGAACGAGCCAUGCUGAUGCAGACGGCCUGGGGACAAGAGAAGGGCCAGAUGCUGGCUAUACACGCUCCCCUCGAGACCGUACGGGCAAUCACUCAGGCCGUCGACGGCUUGGAGAUCGCCUGUCACAACUCGGCCUCCAGCCAUGUCGUCGUGGGCACCGCUCAGCAGAUUGAGCGGUCCGAGGCCGUGGUCGCCGAGCAGUUCAAACCCGUGCGCUGCCAAAAGGUCGACGUGACACACGGGUUCCACUCCAGGUUCGUCGACGACAUCCUCCCUGGUCUUCAGAAGCUGGACGACUCGCUCGACUUCCAGAAGCCUCGCAUGCGCCUCGAGCUGUGUCUGCCAGCUCGUCACGAAGGCGAGCCACCAAAUGGCCACAUCGGACGACAUGCUCGUAACCCCGUCUUCUUCGAGGACGCCAUCAGCCGCCUCGCACAGGACUUGGGACCCAGCGUCUGGCUGGAGGCCGGGACCGAUUCCCCCAUCAUCCCCAUGGCGAAACGAGUCGUCCCGGACGCCGCGGCGCACUCAUUCUACCCCUUCAAUUUCAAGGCCGCUCGUCAUCCCGAGACAGUCCUCUGCCAGACCACCGUCGGCCUGUGGCGUUCCGGAGUUGAUACGACGUAUUGGCCGUUGAUCGACGCGACGGAUAUCGAGCCGGUUCAUCUUCCGGCGUACCGCUUCUCGCGCAAAUCCUUCUGGACCGAGUACGUCGACCACGCAGCUGAUAUCAAAACGCAACUCGACCAAGCUCUUCAGCAAUUGCCGCCGCCGCAGCAGCAGCAGCAGCAGCAGCUACUACCGUCUGCCGCGAGCAAGUUGGUCUACAUCUCGGAGCCUGGCUCAAAUCGCUUCCACGUCAACGUAAGCAGCGGCCGCUUCCAGCAGCUCGUACGCGGCCAUGCCGUCUGCGACCAACCCAUGUGCCCUGCGUCCAUGUACAUGGAGUGUGUAAGUGCGGCUCUACAGAUCUCCGUAUCUUCUUCUACCGAGAAUCAUUUCUUCCCGGGGCACACCGGCGGCGCGGGCGCGCUCCGCUUCGAGAGCGUGGCCUUCAACCACCCGCUCACCCUGAGUAACGAUCUUCAAGUCUCCGUCAUGCUGAACGUGGACCACGAUAGCGGUGGCCGCUCUUGGACCUUUGUUGUCGAGAGUACCGGCGGAAAGCCAUCCGGCCGAUCUUCGGUUCACGCCCGCGGCCGCGUUUCCAUUGUUCCAUCCCCCAACAUGCACCACAUCAAGGCCCUCAUCGGCGAUCGCAGCACCCAGCUCAAGACGAAUCCCCAUGCUGAGUGCAUCCAGUCCAGGCGAGCGUACACGCUCUUCAGUACCCUGGUAGACUACUCGCACGUGCUCCGCGGCAUCGACAGCGUUGCCCUGCAUGACAACUGGGCUGUUGGAAUCGUCAAGCCUCCGAGGCAGCUCGUCGCUCUCCACGAGACUGAUCGCCAUGUCCUGGGCCUUGCUGACGCCGCCGUCGCCGACAACUUCGUCCAGGUCCUCGGUCUCGCCAUCAACACGAGCGAACAUGUCUCUCCCGGUUCGGCCUACAUCCUCUCGUCCAUUGACAGUUUUACGCUGUCCGCUGGCUGCUGUCUUGUGGACGACAACACUGCAUCGUGGACCGUGACGAGUCACUACAGCGUUGGGGAGAACCCCAAGUCCAUCACGGGCGACAUUUACGUCGCCGACAAGAACGGAGACGUGGUGGCGACCGUCCUUGGAGCAUGCUUCUCGCUCGUGCAUCUGGAUGCCUUGCGCCGCGUCCUCAACGCUGCCGCCGCCGCCGCCGAGCCGGAGCAAAAGCCACCCUCGUAUGCACCCGGGUCCCCGGCGACAUCUUUGGGUUUUGUCGAUAGACCUGUUGCUGCUGCCGCACCGUAUCUGGAGCCUUCCAUCGAGUCCACCGUGAGCCGACAAACUCAAGCAGCGACUGCGCCGUCCCCUGCGUUGGAAGCAGAACCGCAGCCUCCGAAGAACGACGAAGUGCAGCAGCCUGAGUCGCAGACUACCGGUGUCGACGUUGGACUCAAAGUGCGCGACGUCGUCGCCAAGUACACAGGGGCCAUAGCGGGCGAGAUGCCGCUUGAUUCGACAAUGACCGAGUUGGGCAUUGACUCUCUUGCCAUCGUCGAGUUCGCAGAGAAAGUGUUCCACAUUUUCAAGAAGCAGUUCGUUACGGACGAUCUCGGCAACAUGAGUUUGCAGGCCCUUAUUGACGCCUGCUACUCUGCCGGCGCCGCGGUCACGGGCGGGACAUUGUCAAGUUGAUAGAGACUGGAACUAGUGAUAAGUUUGUAAAAUACUAUUAAGAAGGCAGAGACACAGUAGGAUACAGCUUUAUUUUGCAGGUGUAGUACAGCAGUAGAUGUCAGAUCGGUAUGGAUAACUGUAAUAAGUUAAUUGUGC